GUUGUUGGGGUGGGUGUGGAGAAAGCCCCGUGUGGGUCUUCUCGUGCUGCGUGGUCGGCGUGUUGUGGUGUGCGGCGGAGGCCCAGGCCAGACGGCGCGGAGGUACCUGUCUUCACGGUGGUCUCACUUUUGAAAUAUGGCUACAGAUUGGCUCGGCAGUAUUGUGUCCAUCAACUGUGGAGAUAGCUUGGGUGUCUAUCAGGGAAGAGUGUCAGCAGUAGAUCAGGUCAGCCAGACCAUUUCUCUCACCCGGCCUUUCCACAAUGGAGUGAAGUGUCUUGUGCCAGAAGUCACCUUCAGGGCAGGUGACAUUACAGAAUUAAAAAUCCUGGAGAUACCAGGUCCUGGAGACAACCAACAUUUUGGAGACCUUCAUCAGGCAGAAUUAGGCCCCUCUGGUGUUGGAUACCAAGUGGGUAUCAAUCAGAACGGCACGGGCAAGUUGGUCAAGAAGCCAACCUCUUCCAGCAGUGCCCCUCAGAACAUUCCUAAGAGGACAGAUGUGAAGAGCCAAGAUGUUGCCGUUUCACCCCAGCAGCAACAGUGCUCAAAGAGCUAUGUGGACAGACACAUGGAAUCCUUGAGUCAGUCCAAAGGUUUCCGCCGUCGGCACAACUCCUGGUCAUCUAGUAGCAGGCACCCAAAUCAGGCAACUCCAAAGAAAAGUGGUUUAAAGAACGGUCAAAUGAAGAAUAAAGAUGAUGAGUGCUUCGGGGAUGAUAUUGAGGAGAUCCCAGACACAGAUUUUGAUUUUGAAGGGAACCUGGCCCUUUUUGACAAGGCGGCUGUGUUUGAGGAGAUAGAUACGUAUGAAAGGAGAAGUGGUUCCCGUUCCCGGGGCAUCCCGAGUGAAAGGCCUACUCGGUACCGCCACGAUGAGAACAUCCUGGAGUCCGAGCCCAUUGUCUACCGACGGAUCACAGUGCCCCACAGUGUGAGCAAGGAGUUCUGCACAGACUCUGGCCUGGUUGUCCCAAGUGUUUCCUAUGAGCUGCAUAAAAAGCUGCUAUCCGUGGCUGAAAAGCACGGACUGACCCUGGAGCGGAGACUGGAGAUGACAGGUGUGUGUGCCAGUCAGAUGGCACUGACCCUCCUCGGAGGACCCAACAGGUUGAAUCCCAAAAAUGUUCACCAGAGGCCUACAGUGGCCCUACUCUGUGGGCCCCACGUGAAGGGGGCUCAGGGCAUCAGCUGUGGAAGGCACCUAGCCAACCAUGAUGUCCAGGUUAUCCUCUUCCUGCCCAACUUUGUCAAGAUGCUGGAGUCCAUCACCAAUGAGCUGUCACUCUUCAGCAAGACCCAAGGCCAACAAGUGUCUAGCCUCAAAGAUCUGCCCACUAGCCCUGUGGACCUGGUCAUCAACUGCCUGGACUGCCCCGAGAACGCCUUCCUGCGGGAUCAGCCCUGGUACAAGGCAGCUGUGGCCUGGGCCAACCAGAACCGGGCUCCAGUACUCAGCAUAGACCCUCCCGUGCGUGAAGCUGAACAGGGCAUUGAUGCCAAAUGGUCACUGGCGCUGGGCCUGCCUCUGCCGCUGGGGGAGCACGCAGGCCGCAUCUAUUUGUGCGACAUCGGCAUUCCCCAGCAGGUCUUCCAGGAGGUGGGCAUCAACUACCACUCACCCUUUGGCUGCAAGUUUGUCAUCCCCCUGCACUCUGCCUAGGGGGCCUGGGCAGGCUGGAUCCUGCAGUCCUUGCUGCUCAUGACACUGAACCUGACGACGAACGCCUUAAGGAUGUGAAGUUUCAUGGACCUUGUUCAAGUUUUUCUCUUU